CGUGGUCUUGACAACUAUUCUCCGUUAGUUAUUUGUUCAGCGCUCUCUCGGUAUCACGUCAUGUAAGUUUAAGUAUAAAUUUACAAAAAAAAAACAUUUCCGACUCACGGGUUAAAAAAAACUUCAGGGAUAGUAUAAAUAUGGUAUUAUUGUCAUAUCGUUCUCCGUUUAACUGUCAUAUUUUGGUUGCAAAUAACCCCGUUUUUCAACCAUUUGUUUUUCAAACAUCACGUUUGUUUUCUCGGUCAAAUCCUGUUUGCAAUGAUUUCUGAUCUCUGAAUAUCAAAUUCCGAUAAAAUGUCACUUAUUUGAAACGCAAAUAAUAGGACUAUGAACUAGUUGGUUAUGCUCUCCCCAAACCAACAUCGUAUGUGGAAUAUUGGAUCACUGUUGUUGAUUAUUUUUUCAAAACGUGAUGGACAGAUUGCGUAAAAAGUAAAUUAACCCAAGGAGGAAUACUAAGGAAUUUCCUGCAUGAAGAACAUAUUUAACAACCCUUUAAGCUGUCAGGAAUGCUUUGUGGUUGGCUAGAGGGAGAAAUAUGUUAAUAAUGUAGGCUUCUGCCAUACCAAAUAUGGCGACAUUGUUACGUCUGGAGUGUGGUUCUCAUCUGGAAAUGCUUAGAAUGAAGGGGAGAGCAGGCCAAAAAUAGAAGCCGUAAACUUUAUUUCUCCCAUUCCUCUCAAACGCGCACAGAAUCUCCGAAUUCCGGGACGUCUCUCCCCUAAACUGUGAACAGUUACAGUACAUUUAGAAUAACGAAAGUAAUGUAUUGAUAUAGGGGCUAUAAGACCAUUCUCUGACAGAAUGAUCCCAUCAUAAGAAUCGAAUCUCGCAACAAAUUCAAAAUAAUUUAUGAGGUGAAGCAGUGACAGCAUGACAAUAUCAUACCUUUUAAUAGCUUUGGCAACUGUUGCAUAACUGACCGCAAUAAGAGGUUGUAAAAUAAUGUAUAAUAUAAACCAUCUAUACACAUGUUAUAACACAGUAAACACCUAUAUCAAAAUGAAGAAGAAAUGGAAAAGGCAGUAUUACAGUAUUCUUUAUUUUUCUUUUUAAUAUUAUCUAUCAACGCGAAGUAAAAAUAAGUGGAAACAAACAGAUCAAACUGCUUUGAUUUUUUUUUUUAUCCCACUUCUAAAUUAAAGAAAAUGUGUACCCUAACCCUUGGCUCAUAACAAAACAGCUGUGAACCUGUGAGAAAACCAAUAAAGCAAAACAAAGUAUAAAGGUAGACAGUAGAGACGGCAAACGGCGAAGGGAAAACAUUUGUUCAGUUCUAGGGGAAAAUGUAUUUUUGAAAAAAAGUUAGACAGGGUGGUGCUUAGCUUCGAUGGAAAACGCGCCAAGAAACAUUCCUCGCAUAGUUUUGGAACAGUUCAGCAGUCAGCCAACGACGACGUCAGCUUUCACUACAGUAUAAAAGACAGGAGGUACUCUGCUUCAGCAGACUGCAACUUGCAACCAGAGCAACACUUAUUAAGCCUCGACUCUCCAAAGAGACUAGAAAACAAACCAAAUCGCUACAGACGAGACGACUGACCGCUACACUUAGGAUAAAAAUACAUUUGCAAAGACUUAUAGCAAGACAUCGUAAAGGGAAUAGCAAAAUAAAAUAUAUAUUUUAUUUAAUAGGCUACGCAACAAAGAGAAACGCAAAUAUGUUCAUUUUCUCCAUCGUCGUGAUAUCAAUUGGAACCUUCAAUAUGGUUCUUUCCUCCUCUUCUUGCCCCUCGGUCUGCGAGUGCCCGAUGGAGCUGCCCAGGUGCGCGCCUGGUGUGAGCCUCGUAGUGGAUAGCUGCGGGUGCUGCAAAGUCUGCGCGAGACAACUCAACGAGGACUGCAGUAUGACAGAGCCUUGCGACCACACCAAAGGACUCGAGUGCAACUUUGGGGCCAGCUUCGGUGCUAUGCGUGGCAUCUGCCGUGCUAAGUCAGAAGGAAGACCCUGUGAAUACAACAGCAGGAUUUACCAAAACGGAGAGAGCUUCCAGCCUAACUGCAAGCACCAGUGCACAUGCAUCGAUGGGGCUGUGGGCUGCGUCCCCCUGUGCCCUCAGGAGCUCUCCCUGCCCAACCUGGGCUGUGCCAACCCAAGGCUGGUCAAGGUGGCAGGCCAGUGCUGCGAGGAGUGGGUAUGUGAUGACGGAAAGGACACUGACAUCAUUGACAAGCUGUUUGGCAAAGACAGCAUGACUGAAGAGUCAGAGAGUGACCUCACCAACAGGAACGAGCUCAUCGCCAUUGUCAAGGGAGGACUCAAGUCUCUAGCUGCUUUCAGAGUGCAGCCUGAGAGCCACAUGUUUGAGAGUCAGAAGUGCAUUGUCCAGACCACUCCUUGGUCCCAGUGCUCCAAGACCUGUGGCACAGGCAUCUCCACCCGAGUCACCAACAACAACAGCGAGUGCAAACUGGUUAAAGAGACACGCAUCUGUGAAGUGCGGCCAUGCACCCAGUCUCCCUACUCCAGCCUUAAGAAAGGAAAGAAGUGCAGCAGAACCAAGAAGUCUACCCAGGUUCAGAAGUUCACCUAUGCCGGCUGCUCCAGCCUGAAGAAGUACAGGUCCAAGUACUGUGGAUCUUGUGUGGACGGCCGCUGCUGUUCCCCCCAGCAGACCCGCACCAUCCGGGUCAAGUUCCACUGCGAGGACGGAGAGACCUUCAACAAGAACGUCAUGAUGAUCGAGUCCUGCAAAUGCACCUUCAACUGUCCCCACGCCAACGAAGCCUCCUACCCCUUCUACAGACUCUUCAACGACAUCCACAAGUUCAGAGACUAAAUCAAAUCUGAUUGUGCAGAGAACCGACCCCUGAGAGAUCCCAAAACAACAACAUUGACAAUGGUAGUCCAUCUAAAUGCAGGGGUGCAACUCAAUCGCCAAUGAACUAUCAACUUCCUGUUGUAACUAGAUUCCCAAGGAAUUAUAGGCUUGCAUCAUGAGGACUUUAUUAAGUGCACUGUCUGCUGUGACCGAAUCAGCAUUCUAAAUUAAGAUUCGCUUCAUACUACUGGAGCAUCAGAGUAGCUUCGUUAUGGAGCAAAAUGUAAAUUAACAUGUGGAAAUGACAAUGUAUGUUAAUAUGUUGAUAUCAAUUCGUUGUGUAUAUUUUCGAGCGAUAAGUACCAACCAGACAUGACCCAAACAAACUUUAGACGUGUGUGUAUGGAUGUUGUUUGGAUAUGCAGAUACGUAAUUUAAUUAAGUAUAACAUGAUCUUGUAACCUAAUGAACCAAGACACCACAUGUUACCGUGGUUCCAUACAUGUUCGUGUUUUGUGGCAGCUAAGGACCUUCCCAACUUUAUCAAGAAAGACAAAGCGAAACAUAUCAAAUGAAUGUUUUCAUUAUUGUUAUUAAUAUUAUUUAUCAAAUUGUAGCUACUUUAUUUAGAUUUGUGUCAUACUGGAAUAAAUUGUAAAAAUGAUUUAAUUUUAUAUGUUACAAAAUAAAACAUAUUUAUUUAUGAAAUGUUAA